CAUAAGAAAAGGAUGGUGAAACGAGCUUCCUUUUGUCUCCUCUCAUGUCUCAUUAUAUUGUUUUUGAGUUCAGUCUCAGCAAUUAUAUAUGAUCCUCAAGAUAAACAAGUGUAUGUUGUCUAUAUGGGCUCACUUCCGUCUCAACCAAACUACACACCAAUGUCGAAUCACAUAAAUAUUCUUCAAGAGGUCACCGGAGAAAGUUCCAUAGAAGGUCGUUUGGUGAGAAGUUACAAGAGGAGUUUCAACGGUUUCUCGGCCCUACUCACUGAGUCAGAACGAGAGGGAGUAGCCGAAAUGGAGGGAGUUGUGUCUGUGUUCCGGAGUAAGAACUACAAACUCCAAACGACGGCGUCUUGGGACUUCAUGGGAAUGAAGGAAGGUAAGAAUACAAAGAGAAACUUCGCCGUAGAGAGUGAUACUAUUAUCGGAUUCAUCGACAGUGGGAUUUGGCCAGAAUCCGAGAGCUUUUCUGAUAAAGGCUUUGGUCCUCCUCCUAAGAAAUGGAAAGGUGUUUGUAAAGGUGGCAAAAACUUUACUUGUAACAACAAGUUGAUCGGAGCAAGAGACUACACAAGCGAAGGCACUAGGGACCUCCAAGGACAUGGUACUCACACAACGUCCACAGCGGCUGGAAACGCAGUUGCGGAUACAAGCUUCUUUGGAAUAGGCAAUGGAACAGCGAGAGGCGGUGUUCCAGCCUCUAGAGUCGCAGCUUACAAAGUCUGCACCAUAACAGGGUGUAGCGAUGAUAACGUACUGUCUGCGUUUGAUGAUGCGAUCGCAGACGGUGUUGACCUCAUCAGCGUCUCUCUCGGGGGAGAUUACCCUUCCUUAUAUGCAGAGGACACAAUUGCGAUUGGGGCUUUUCACGCUAUGGCCAAAGGGAUUCUCACUGUGCACUCAGCCGGUAACGCUGGUCCGAAUCCGACCACAGUUGUGAGCGUAGCGCCGUGGAUGUUAACGGUUGCAGCAACCACCACCAACCGUAGGUUUUUAACCAAAGUUGUUCUUGGAAAUGGCAAGACACUUGUUGGGAAAUCAGUGAAUGCUUUUGAUCUGAAAGGAAAGAAGUAUCCUCUUGAGUACGGAGAUUAUUUGAACGAAUCUCUGGUGAAAGGAAAGAUCUUGGUUUCCAGAUACUUAAGUGGGUCAGAAGUAGCUGUUUCAUUCAUAACUACAGACAACAAAGACUAUGCAUCUAUUAGCUCUCGGCCCCUCUCUGUUUUAUCACAAGAUGACUUUGACUCUCUCGUCUCUUACAUUAACUCCACAAGGUCCCCGCAAGGGUCUGUUCUUAAAACUGAGGCAAUCUUUAAUCAGUUAUCUCCUAAAGUUGCUUCUUUCUCUUCCCGCGGUCCAAACACUAUUGCGGUUGAUAUUCUUAAGCCAGAUAUAUCAGCACCAGGAGUGGAGAUUCUCGCUGCGUAUUCACCUUUGAGUUUACCAUCUGAGGACAGGCGCGAUAAAAGACGUGUAAAGUACUCUGUACUGUCCGGAACUUCUAUGGCUUGUCCACACGUUACAGGCGUGGCUGCGUACAUCAAGACAUUUCAUCCUGAUUGGUCUCCUUCCGUAAUCCAAUCUGCCAUCAUGACAACCGCUUGGCAGAUGAAUGCUACUGGAACUGGGGCUGAAUCGACCGAGUUUGCUUAUGGAGCUGGCCAUGUCGACCCAAUAGCCGCUAUAAAUCCUGGACUUGUCUAUGAGUUGAACAAAACAGACCACAUCUCCUUUCUCUGCGGCAUGAACUACACUUCGAAAACCCUUAAACUAAUUUCAGGUGAUGCCGUCAUUUGCAGUGGAAAAACAUUACAAAGAAACCUCAACUAUCCUUCGAUGUCAGCUAAACUUUCGGAAUCUAAUAGCUCCUUCACCGUGACUUUCAAAAGAACCGUCACCAACCUUGGUACCGCCAACUCUACAUACAAAUCAAAGAUUGUCUUAAAUCAUGGAUCUAAGCUCAAUGUCAAGGUUUCGCCUAGUGUCCUUUCUAUGAAAUCGUUGAAGGAAAAGCAAUCUUUCACAGUGACUGUUUCGGGCAGCAAUAUCGACCCAAAACUGCCUUCGUCUGCAAAUCUAAUAUGGUCUGAUGGAACACAUAACGUGAGAAGCCCCAUUGUUGUGUAUAUUGAUGGUUACUGAUGAGGCAUUAUCAGUUCACCAUAGUUAUCAAUCAUCAUAACAUUUUGCUAUACAUAUAUUUCUUCAAAAACAUGUCUACUCCAU